UGUCAUGUCAGAAUACUAAUUUAUAAAUACUGAGAGAUUUAUUUGAAGCUCAAAUUUGUCGAGACGCAGGAAGUGAACACACAGCUGCUAAACAUCAGAACACUUCAAGAUGAAUAUAAUGGGGUAUUUGAUUACCCUUGCCAAUCUUCAGAAUUUGGAAAACUCUGCGGGUCCUCUCAAAAAAUUGUCAGUAAAAGUAGCAGAAACACAACUAUUGACCAACGAUUUGAAAACUCAUCCCGAAUUUCCUAUAGAAAGCUUUAGGAAAACUGGUUACAGUAAAGUGGGAAAUGUUGGUAUAUAUUUAUCGAGAAAUUUACGUGACUACAUUUACUAUGGAAUAGGAAAACCAACAGAUGAAGCUGUUUUAUUGAAAUUGGUGUUUAAAGACGGAUUUACUGGAGAUUCUAAACUCAUCAAUGCGCCCUAUCGUAAUAUCGAUACACCGGAUUCUUCUUUAUCGUAUUUCCUACAUAGAGGACAUGUUGAUGAAGCUGUGAAGCAAGGUAUUGACGAAUACGUGAAUAAUUUGAACAACAAUGGAAGAAGCAAACGUGCUGUGAUUGCCCAAUAAAGUAAAACAACAUAAAUGUGUAGUUUAACAUACCUACAUCAUAACAUCAUAUUUCUAAAUAGUUGGACAAUAUAGUAGAGACGAAAAACGUAGUAACACACCAAAUAAUGUAUUUAAAUAUUUUGGAUUAAUAAAAUUAGAAACUGUUUAA